UCAAAAGGCAUAUAAAUAAGCGUCUUUCUCAUUUCGUUUGUUCGGCGGCUUCUAGGGUUUUUACUAGUCGCAUCAAAAAUGCCGGCAGGACAUGGAGUUCGGGCGAGAACGAGGGAUCUGUUCGCGAGGCCGUUCAGGAAGAAGGGUUACAUUCCACUCUCGACCUACCUGAGGACAUUCAAGGUCGGCGAUUACGUCGAUGUUAAGGUGAAUGGUGCGAUCCACAAGGGUAUGCCUCACAAGUUCUACCAUGGUCGUACCGGUCGUAUCUGGAACGUCACCAAGCGCGCCGUCGGUGUCGAAGUCAACAAACAGAUCGGCAACAGGAUCAUAAGGAAGAGGAUCCACGUGCGUGUGGAGCAUGUGCAGCAGUCAAGGUGCGCAGAGGAGUUCAAGCUGAGGAAGACGAAGAACGAUGAGCUCAAGGCUGCAGCCAAAGCCAGAGGUGAGACCAUCAGCACCAAGAGACAGCCUAAAGGCCCCAAGCCAGGAUUCAUGGUCGAAGGUAUGACCUUGGAGACGGUCACUCCCAUCCCUUACGACGUCGUCAACGAUCUCAAGGGAGGCUAUUAGUUUUGCUGUCUCCCCCCGUCUUAAUUUUGUUUUUCGUUGUAGUGACUUGAUACUGAUUUAUAAUAUAGCAAGACGUUUGCAUUUCGGAUUUUGCAAGGAUGAUUUUUCAUGAAGCAUUUUCGUUGGCUGAUAAUUUUCUUGAAGCAUUCCAGAUUUUUACCGUGACUAUCUAAAACUGUUUCAUUCCUAUGUGA